GAUUCAUUUUGACUGAAUCAAUACAAAGUGAUGUCUGCUGCUUUAUUCCCCUUCGUUUCUAUUACAAAAUUCUAAAAACUUAUAUUUGUGACACGUUUAAGUGAAUUUUAGAUAAAAAAAAUAUCAAAGUGAAUUAGAAACAAUUUCUACACUCUCUCAAUUUCCCAUUGUGAAAAAUGUCAGAUUCUGGCAUAGACGAAAGAGUUGUAGAUGAAAUAGAAGCUUUAAAGGCAAUUCUCCUAGACGAAGAACUUAAAAUAGUCGAGAACGAAAACGAUGAACCGGAGUUGAUAGAAAUUUUAGUUUUUCCAUCAACUGGAAAUGAUUCACAAUCACAAUAUGUUUGUGUUCGACUUAUCGUUAAAUUGUUAACCGGUUAUCCGGACAUUUCACCCGAAGUUAGUUUUCGUAAUCCACGAGGUUUAGAUGAAGGUACAAUGAAGCUUAUUCAGUCCGAGGCGGAAGUGAAGUGUCAGGAUUUUGUCGGUCAACCUGUGAUGUUUGAAUUAAUCGAGUUGGUUAGAGAACAUUUGACAAAAAGUAAUCUUCCGACUGGACAAUGUGCAGUUUGUUUAUAUGGAUUUCGAGAAGGCGAUGAAUUCACAAAAACGGAAUGUUAUCAUCAUUUUCACUCUCAUUGUUUAGCAUCACACGUUGCUGCUGCUGAUCGAUAUUAUCGAGAAGAACAGGAAAAAUUGCCCCAAUGGCAACAAGAUAGUUCCAAACAAUUUCAAGCUCUCUGUCCCGUGUGUCGUGAAUCAAUAAAUUGUGACGUGGAGACUUUAUAUUCAGCACCGCCUCCAAUUGAUGUCGAAACAGCGACUGAUUUUUCCGUAACCGCCGAAUUACGUGAAUUGCAAAGAAAAAUGGCCGUUUUAUAUCUUCAUCAACAGCAGCGGGGCGGUAUUAUUGAUUUAGAAGCUGAAGAAAUAAAAAUGCUGGUGAGAACUGAAGACGAAACUGUUCCAGCGACUGAAGAAUUAAGUCCACCUGGUCCUAGUUUAAAUACAUUUUCAAAUCAACCAGCUCAAUUGCAAUUACAGAAUACAAAGCAGAAUCAACAGAGUCAAAAUAAUCCUCAAAUACAAUCAAGACAAUCGCAUCACAAUCAUCAUCAUCAUCACAAUCAUGGUCAUCAUCGGAAUCGUGGUCGUGGCCGAUCACAAUAUCAUCGUCGUCACUUUGAGAAAGUUCGACAAACGGAAUCAACUUCCAGAUGACAAAUAGCUGAACAUUUAAAAACUGUCUCACAUUCAUUAAGAUGCGUUAAAAUAAUUAUUAAAAUUAAUAGUAUAAUCGCCACAUUAUUAUAUCGUAGUUGCAGUUUAAAUUUUAAUCGUCUUUUUCACUCGAAAUUGUAGGUAUUGCUGUUUAACAACAUUGACAAUGUUCAAAUUAAUAACAUUGGAUUUGUUGAUAAAGUCUCGACGAUCCGUUUACAUAGACUUUGGCCAAGAGGCUUUUUUACUUAUUAUUGGAAAAAAUUUGUUUCAUUCAAUUUUUUCCAAUUAUUGUAUUUGUCGGUCAAUUUUCUUAAUCAAAAAAACGCAACAGACUUUUGUAUUAUAAACAAAUUUUCACACGUGAAUAGGUGACGAUUGUAUAAUUUAGUUGAUCGAUUUAAAAAUUUUAUUUAUAGAUUAUCAAUUUUUUUCCUUUUUGUAAAUUAUUAAUAUGUAAUAUUAUUGUAAAUUUUUUUUCCAUUUCUUUGGAAAAAAAAAUUCUAUUUCUCUUUCAUUUUCUUCUACUUGCUUUAUAAGUUAUUAAAAUAAAAUAAAUUGUUUUACGAAUAAUUUGUUAUACUAGACGGCAAAUUUUGAUUGUGAAUAAAUAUUUAGAAUGUG